GCCUUUUGUUAGCCUCUCAUUAUAUGCCUUAUUAUGUACUGCUAGUUCUCUCUUUUCUUUGUCUUUCAAACAUUAAAUCAUUUCUCCUUAACUUGUCAUUCUUCUUCAUCUUCUUCUUCCACAGUGUUUCAUAACUCAGCUCCUAAUUAACAUAUAUGGCUACUACAGUAAUCUUAUCUUUUUUUGUAAUAAUGUUAGUAGUACUAGUGCCAUCACAACCUUCUUCGGUCGUGUCCGAAUUCAAUAUUUAUCACCGGCACUCUGACAAGGUCACCAGUGUGUUAGGCGGAAUAGGGUUGCCCAAACAAGGCACGGUGGAGUACUACUCUGCCUGGAAAGCUCAUGAUCAAUACCGCCAGCGACUCUAUACAGCACGUUAUGUACCUGCACUGACAUUUGCUGGGGGAAUGUCACCACAUUAAUAGAAAAUUUAGCAAAGUAAGUUUAGCUCAUAAAAUUCCUCACUUGCCAGCUCUUCCACGAGUAGAGUUUCUUAAACUGUUAUAUUAACCCUAUUAACAGCUGCUCUCUUAGUAUUUCUAUCUCUGCUGGCCUCUCUUCAUCCUCAUGUUUUAACCCAGCUCAUAACAGCUUCAGAUGUUGCCUUGAUUCGACUUGACCAAUAAAAGAAAUAAAGAAAACAGACAUAAUUUUUCCAAAUUGUCAUUAUCUAUUAUAUUCCCAUGUACCACAAUUAUGAAUAAUUUGGUGUCACACAUUUUUAGUUUGUAUUAUGCCCAAUUACGUGUUGGGACUCCUCCCAUUUCAUUUAUGGUUGCACUUGACACGGGUAGUGAUAUAUCCUGGUUGCCAUGCGGCUGCACGGACUGCGCACACUUCUAUGAGACAGACAAGGGACAAAUAAAAAAUCUCAAUUCUUACAGCCCUAAGUCAUCAUCCACGAGUGCAAUUGUUUCUUGUGACAGCCCCGAAUGCUGGCCGAAGAAACAAUGCCCGCGUCGGUCAGACAAGGCAUGCCCAUACAAAGUCGACUAUAUGUCAGAUAACACUUCGACUGAGAGCAUCCUUGUUAAGGAUGUUCUGCACUUGGAAACUUAUGACAAGAAACACCAGGCUAGUGCUGCACCAGUUAUAUUUGGGUGUGGAGUGGUUGAAACAGGAACCUUUUUGGAGAAGGGUGCAUUAAAUGGUUUACUAGGCCUGGGGUUUAAUACACAUUUGGAUGUGCCAAGCAUGUUAGCAUCCAAAGGGUUGGUACCCAACUCGUUUUCCCUAUGUUUUGCCUUUGAUGGCAAUGGCAGAAUAGCAUUUGGAGACAAGGGUAGCAGUGGCCACAUGAAAACACCACUGGACAAGGACCAAGAAUUUCAUGAGGGGUUACCAUCUUGUAUUUGAUCGUGAAAACUUAGUUUUGGGAUGGAAACCUUCAGACUGUAAAGCUAAAGAAGCGAACACUACUGCAUCUAGUGAAACACUGCUACCAACAAUGGAGGGCAUAGUGUUGUUCUUUUUAGUUUUUUUUUCCAUUACCCAUAUUAUGUAAUCAUUCUUAAACACAAUUACACGAGCUAAUUGAAAUGAUUCAUUCGAGGGUAGAUAGCCAAAAUAAUG